AUGGCGGCACUUCGUAGAAAAUUUGGCGAAGACUACCAGGUGGUAAACACAAAUCGGGCCACCACUUUUUCUGCUCCGGUUAAGAAGAAACGCCAGCGCUUCGUGGACAAGAACGGUCGCUGCAAUGUGCAGCAUGGAAACCUCGGUGGAGAGACCAGCAGGUACCUCUCUGACCUCUUCACCACUUUGGUAGACCUAAAGUGGCGAUGGAACAUGCUCAUCUUCCUCCUAACAUACACGAUUGCUUGGUUGGUCAUGGCAUCUAUGUGGUGGAUCAUCGCUUACAUCAGAGGAGACCUGAAUCACGGCCACGACGCGUCCUACACCCCCUGCGUGGCCAAUGUUUACAACUUCCCCUCAGCUUUUCUUUUUUUCAUCGAGACCGAGGCCACGAUCGGUUACGGCUACCGGUACAUUACAGAGAAGUGUCCGGAGGGCAUCAUCCUCUUCUUGUUCCAGUCGCUGCUGGGCUCCAUCGUGGACGCUUUUCUCAUCGGCUGCAUGUUCAUAAAGAUGUCCCAACCUAAGAAACGCGCAGAGACGCUCAUGUUCAGUCAGGACGCCGUGAUUUCUCAGCGAGAUGGCAAACUGUGCCUCAUGUUCCGUGUGGGCAACCUGCGGAACAGCCACAUGGUGUCCGCUCAGAUCAGGUGCAAACUCAUAAAGUCUCGUCAGACACCUGAAGGCGAGUUCCUGCCUCUGGACCAGUGUGAACUGGAUGUUGGUUUUGGGACGGGUGCAGACCAGCUCUUCCUGGUGUCCCCUCUCACCAUUUGCCAUGAAAUCAAUCCCAAGAGCCCCUUUUUCGACUUAUCUCAGCGCUCUCUCAUGAACGAACAGUUUGAGAUUGUUGUAAUCCUCGAGGGCAUCGUGGAGACCACUGGAAUGACAUGCCAGGCACGGACGUCAUAUACCGAGGACGAGGUUUUAUGGGGCCAUCGCUUCCUGCCAGUGAUGUCCCUGGAGGAGGGCUUUUUCAGGGUAGACUACUCUCAGUUCCACAGCACGUUCGAGGUACCGACCCCACCGUACAGCGUGAAGGAGUACGAAGAGAAGAAUUCACUGCCCUCGCCUCUAUCUACUCCCACACUGACUGAUAGCCACGGAGCCCGGCGUGACCGGGUGUUUUCCGUGGGCUGCAUCAACACAUCAGACGAAAGGAGGGGAGGGACUGGGGGUCGACUGCCGAGCAAGCUGCAGAGGAUGAGCUCGUCCGGGAAGGAGGACCUGCAGAGGAAGGUGCUCCUGCUCAGCUCCCAGCACUCGGAGAAGGCCUGCAGCACGGGGGACCUGCCUCUAAAGCUGCAACGCCUCAGCUCUUCGCAAGAACCCGAGGCGGAGAAUCGACUGCAACUCAAGUCGCUCAAGGUGGGCUUCGAACCCAUGACCCAGUCUACGGGAGACCUGUACCAGCGCAGCUUAAUGCCCACGCCCACACUGGCCCCUGCUCCGGUCCCCAUGCACAGCCCACUGCUCUCAUCCAGAGGGAGGCCGGAGGACAACCUGCCAGCAAAGCUACGGAGGAUGAACGCUGACCGUUGA